CUCUUUCUGCUACAGGCGGCGAAGAUGGUGGGGGACACCACAGAAGGACGUUGUAAUAAAACCAGAUGCUCCAAGUACGUUGCUUUCAGAGAAACAUGCGGACUACAUAGCUUCGUAUGGAACAAAGAAAGACGAUUAUUGGCAUGUUUAUCCGAUGAUGAACUAAAAUAAUGCACUUCUUAGGAGUACUGUAUGUCUGAGUAUUUGAGGAUGAGUGGUGUUUACUGGGGGCUGACAGCAAUGGAUCUCAUGGGACAGCUGCACCGAAUGAACAAAGAAGAAAUUCUGGCAUUCAUCAAAUCGUGUCAACAUGAAUGUGGUGGAAUAAGUGCCAGCAUAGGUCACGAUCCUCAUCUUCUGUAUACCCUGAGUGCUGUCCAGAUUCUGAUCUUAUAUGAAAGUCUCCAUGUUGUUGAUGUAAAUAAAAUCGUUGAAUAUGUACAGAGCUUGCAGAAAGAAGAUGGAUCAUUUGCUGGAGACAAAUGGGGAGAAAUAGAUACAAGGUUCUCCUUUUGUGCUGCAGCAACUCUUGCACUUCUAGUAAAAUAUAUUGGUUGCCUUUUUAACUUGCAGGGAAAACUGGAUGCUAUUGACGUGGGGAAAGCAGUAGAAUUUGUUUUGUCCUGUAUGAACUUUGAUGGAGGAUUUGGCUGUAGGCCAGGUUCUGAGUCACAUGCAGGACAGAUCUAUUGUUGCACAGGAUUUCUGGCUAUUACAGACCAGUUGCAUCAAAUAAAUGUUGACUUGCUGGGUUGGUGGCUUUGUGAACGUCAGCUACCUUCUGGAGGUCUCAAUGGGCGACCGGAGAAGUUACCUGAUGUAUGUUAUUCAUGGUGGGUUCUAGCAUCUCUGAAGAUGAUUGGUAGGUUACAUUGGAUUGACAGAGAGAAACUGCGCUGCUUUAUUUUGGCUUGCCAGGAUGAGGAGACUGGAGGAUUUGCUGACAGACCAGGAGAUAUGGUGGAUCCAUUUCACACUUUGUUUGGAAUUGCUGGACUAUCCUUGCUGGGGGAGGAGCAAAUUAAGGCUGUUAAUCCUGUUUUCUGUAUGCCAGAAGAUGUCCUUCAAAGAAUAAAUGUACAGCCUGAGCUUGUGAGCUAAAUCUCAUGGAGACAGCAAGUUGAUAUACCCUCUUGGUUUGGUUUUAUUGAUUGGAAGUCAUCUGUGAAGCUUAGAAUAUUCUUAAUAUUCUUCUUUGAGAUGUGUUUACAUUACUACAGUAAGGCAGUAGCUUUACUGUGGGCUUUGUCACUUCAUGAGCUGUAUUGUAACAGGCUUGUUGUAUUCUGAGUGUAAUAUGUUCUUUGGUUGUACAUAAGAUGAUGUAGAAAGACUUCUAAUCUGUAUCUAAAUAUAUGGGCUUUUUUUUAAUAACCACGUUGAAGCAGUAGUGUGAAUAGCUUAAUUUUUUCUAUUCCUGCAAUGUCAACCAUGAUAGCAUCUGUCUUUAUGCAAGCAUGUUUUGAUGGUGUAUCACGCACAGCACUUUAGAAGAAUACGGGAAAAAAAACCACCUAACUUACACCAUGCACUUAAUGCCAAACGCUUGUCCGUGUAAUUCUUUCUGUUCAUGCUUGGUCUCACUUCUAUAUACUCAGAUGCAAGCUUUGUCUUUUGAUAGUAAUUGUUACCAGUGAAAGCAACAAAAAAUAUGUGAUUCUGUUAAAUACAGGAAUGUACUCCUAUUGCUGGUGAAGCCUCUUUUGUCAAAAUUCCCCCAGUAGUUGAAAUGGAGCAUACCUUGAAUGUAUCUACAUUGAAAAUUACUAAUGUUAAUCAUUCUAGAGAAAUUCUUUAUGGGAAAGUGACUUGCAGCUGAAUAUAGUGAUGACAGUAAAUUUGUUGCUGGACUGAAAUUGUGGUGUUGCAGCUUUUAAGAGAGAAAUUGCCAACACUUUAUUGUGAUGUAAUUGAGAGUUAAAUUAGCCAUGGAAAACACCCAUCUCAAAGAUGAAAUCCUUUUGUCUUUGCAGAAGCCCUGAAAUUGCACAUCACUUUACAUCUUCCUGCACACUGUUUGAAACUGAAUUCUACUUCACAGUAAGAUGUGGUUGCGAAGGGGAAGAAGUCGUCUUUGAUAAUCUCUGUAUGUUUGCUUAAAGAAGGUCUAAAACUAUUUCAACACUUCUGAUCACCAACUGGUUAGUUUUAUCCAUCCCAUUCAUCUUAGUAGAGAAUAAGGCGAAUAACUUUGGGAAAUUCAGAGACUGUUUGAAUGCUCAGAUACUAUGUUUUUUUUUAACCUUUAUUUCUCUGAAAGCUUUUAGAUGACGAUAAAAAAAAAAGAAAAGGUAUCAAAAUGGUUCCUUUCUAAUGGUUCAGUUUCCUGGUGAAUUAUUUGGUCAAAGCCUAGAAUUUAUUUUUUCAAGAUCUGGAAUUAAGUUAAGGUUGGCUUUUUGUUGAGUAUGGGGGAAUGAUAGCACUGAUUAGGUUUUCUUUAUUUGUAAAAAUUAACAGAAAGUUAAAAGUUAAGAAGAAAUAAGCUCAUGUUCUGGGUUGCCUUUGUAAGUGCCACUUUAUUAUUUAAAGCUUCACUAUUCAGUACCUAGGCAUUUGCUAUUUUUUCCAUGUUAUAUAAACAUAACAGAAUACAGUUCAGAAUUUCUAGUUUAAUACAGACUCUGAGACAUUCUGGGAAUUAAAAUGUGGGUGAUACUACACGAGAGUAUAGAAUGCAGUAGGUUGAAAUCCUGUUAAUGUUGGAUCGUUUCUCUGAGGGAGGUCUGGUCACCUCUGUUUGUUAAGUCAGCUGUAAUUACUAAAGAUCACCUUAUACAGAUUGGUGGUUAAAAGUGAAUGUGUGUGUGUCCAAACUAAAAACUGCUUGAAGUUUUUCUUCCACUCUUUACGUCUUUUAAUUUAUUAUAGAUUUUGUGUAUAUAUAUAAAAAAAGUCAUCACUGUUUUUCUUAUGCAAACAAAAUCAUUUUUUUUUCAAUGUACUGUGAAAAAACUUAGUUGGCCAAUGUGCAUAUAUUAAAACUCUUCAAUACGUGAUUUUGGCGCAGAGUACAUUGUUAUAAGUCUACUUCUGUGUUUUUUUUAAUGCUUCUCUUGAUUUUUUUUUUUUUUUUUCCUGAGUUUAUGUACUUGAUAUGUGGCAAUAAUUAAUCUCAUAGUCUUCAGUUACUGGUCCUUUAUUAAAGCCUUUCAGAAGUUUGUA